GUUUUAGAGACAUCAACAUGUUUCAAAUUAAAUUUACAACUGAAAAGUGAUAAAGCGCGGUGAACAUUUCAAGUUGAGAAUUUUUGUGUUGUGUAAUAAUUUUUUGUAAAUAAGUGUUGUUAUUAAAUUUUUAUACACUAAGAAGUAACGGGAGAAAAUCUGUAAAAUGGCUGACUUUGAGGAGGAGAAUUUGGAGCUGCAAAGGCUAAUGGCAGAAAAUGUUAACGAUCUUGCUUCAAUAUGGACGGAAAUGUUUGAUGAAGAAAUGUGCUUAUAUAAUUUUAAAAAACUGAAGGAACAUGUGAAAACAUUUUUUACGGAAUUGAAAGAAGAGUCAUUGCAAAGAAGAGGACUUAUAGAAAAUGAAAUAAAGGAGUUGCAAAAAGAAGCAGAUAUGCUUUGUCGUUUAUUAAAAACAGACGUGGAGUUCCCCAGAAUUGAUGAAAAAAAUGUACCUUUGUUGGUUCUCCAGUCGAAAAUGGAUAAAAGUUUAACUGAAUUGCGAGAGCAAUUACGGCGGCGCCGAGAAGAAAUCUGCGAGUUGUUACUUGAGCAAGAAGGUCUAUGUGAAGAGUUGGGGGAAGCUCCUCGUCCUCUUUUGGCUGACCCUUUACCUUCAGAAGAGGAUAUUUUGGAAUUUCGUACUCACUUAGAUCAACUAAAGAUGGAGCGUAUGGAACGCUUGAAUGAGAUGUCAGUAUUACGCCGGGAGAUAAAAAAUUAUUUAAACAUAUUAGAGACACAAGUUAAUACCGACACGGAAGACAGACUAUUAAAUCACAGACAAAUUAAAUUGAAUGAAGAGACUUUUAAAGCGCUCAAACGUAUGCAAGAAUUAUAUGGGGCGCGGGUACAGGCAUUGUCUGAACGCAUAGAUAGUAUGCGUAAGAAAUUAGAUUCCCUUUGGGUGCGCUUGAAAACAUCGCCGAACUCUCGAAAUAAAUUUAAGCGUCAUACAGAAUAUAACCAGCGAACGUAUAAUGUACUUAAAGACGAACUGCAGCGAUGCGAAUCUUUGCAGAGUCAAAAUAUAAAAGAAUGCCUCCAACAAAUCCGAACAGAAAUUGUGGAAUGGUGGGAUAAAACACUUAAAUCGGAAACAGAGAGAAAUCGUUUUUCUAACUUUCACAAUAAUUGUUAUACAGAAGAUCUAUUAGUAUUACAUGAAAUUGAGUUGGAGGAUAUAAAACGAUUUUAUGAAAAUAAUCGGCAGAUAUUUGAACUUUUCGAUAAUAGGAGAUUGCUUUGGGAUCGAAUGAUUGCUCUCGAGGCUAAAGCUUCAGAUCCAGGCCGGUAUAAUAAUCGUGGAGGCCAAUUACUUAAAGAAGAAAAGGAACGCAAAACAAUCGCUACUAAAUUGCCGAAAAUUGAGCAACAGAUUCGAGAGUUAGUUGUUGCCUUUGAAGAAAAAGAGCAUCAAGAGUUUCGUGUUUAUGGCGAAAAUAUUUUAGAGUUAAUGGAAAAAGAAUGGGAGAAGAAACGUCAAGAAAAGGAGAAAAUGAGCAGUGCACGUAAAAAUGCUCAAACCCCUCAUCCAGUUACAGGUCGAACACCUAUGUCAGCGAAAAACGGUUCAAUGAUUUCAAUGCGUAAAGCCCCCUCUAACACUAACUUAUCCGCACUCCCGUCUGCCUCUGCCAACUCAGCGAAGAAACGGAAACUGCUUCAAAAUGAAAGAAAUACCCCGUUGGCUAAACGAAGUUUAGUUUUUCCACUGAACAGUCCUAGCGUUUUCACAAAACCAAUGAUAAACGCUCGUAAUACAGGCUCAACAAAAUCCUUCAAAUCGCCUUUGAAGAAAUCACGUGUCAUUGCAACCACAAUACGUCGUAGGUCGGGGCGUAAAAGUUCUGGAAACAAAAAGCGGUCCUCCUUGGGUAAGACCGUAAAGAAAAAUACCAUUGCUACACCAAAAAUUCUUAUAAAUGAUGGCUCUGAUUGGAACACUGAUGAAGCUACAGAUGAUGCAUAUGAAUCCUUCCAGAAAAGCAUUGAUCCCGAUUCACGUUCUUCUAUAAUACACACGGCUUUUUCACGCAUUGCUGCAACCUCAUCGACUAUUUCCACUCGGUCCAAACGAAUUCAUCCAAGUGAUAGCUGUGUUGUACACUUGCCUAAUCCCCGUGCUGGGUUUCACCAUCCACUCACACCGUCCAAAAUGUCGCCCGCUGCAAGCAGCCGAAAACUUACAACGAAAAAUUUACCUAUUAUAAUUUAAAUUGAAGAAAUGUAAUUUUAUUUGCCGUUAAUGAUUUAAGUUUUCUAUAUAUGUAUAAUUUGUAAUUUUCUAUGUUAAAGAUUCAUUGACAAUUUUGUAAUUGUUUUUAGGUAAGAUUUUUUUCUCAUGUUUUUUUAGCUUGAACAAUUGUUAUUACAAUGAAGUUUUAUCAUAAGGCGUUUGGGUGAUUGGACAAAAAAGGGGCUACACAAUAAAAAUAUUUUUAAUUUUCAAAUAAGUAAAGUUUUCGCAAUAAAUGCUAAAUAUAUUGAUUUA